UCAAUGAAUUCUAGUAGAUUUCCGUAAAAACUAUUCUAUGGAAUGAGAAGAAUGCUGAGUUAGCUAGCACAGUGUGUAUUCAUUUGCAUAGCUCAUAGUGUCUGAUCUGACAGAGAGCAGAGCUGGUCAAAUGGAGGAUGGAUUCCAAAUUCAGUGCUUCACCUGCGGCAACUGGUUUACAAGCACUGAUCUCAGAGUGUGCCUUGAUGGUUACAUCCCGUACAUGACCAACUAUGAGUACACCUGUCAGAGCUGCGGACCAGAGGAAGGCCUCACCAAGAAGCCAGCCAGUUUCAUCCAGGUGGGUAUCACAGUCUUGGCCAACCUCACCCUCCAACACAUGCUAUCAGAACCACCACGAAGAUUCUUCUCGUUAGACGAUGAGAUUAUACCUUUUGUGUGGGACAACUGGGACAAUAUCUGCACCAAGAGGAGCAGGGCGGGCAACUGGAAGAACAACUUGGCCUCUAAACUCGCAAAUGAGACGAGGAUUUUCUGCGAGAAAAAAGAAGGCUCCAAUGAAUACGGCCUCGUUGAUCAGGAUCUCACCAACAUCAGUCCUCGGAGAUACGAGAGCAAAACUGUGCCGACCAAGGGGGUGGGCUCAAAGAUCAAACGGAAAGCCACUGACAAUAGUCAAGCUCCAGCGGCAACAAAGAAGUCCAAAGGGGAUGGAGGUGUGUCCAGUCGAGCAAUGUCCCACGGCUAUCCACUGGAGCACCCUUACAACAAGGACGGAUAUCGGUACAUCCUGGCCGAGAAGGAUCCUCACGCCACCCUGGAGCUGCAGCCGGAGGACAUGGCAGGGCGGCCCAUCCCCCCUGAGCUGUAUCGAUCCUGGUUGUCUACCAAGGUCCUGCUUGCCCUACACGAUAGAGCUCCCCAGUUGAAGAUAGCCGAGAACAGACUGACAGUGACAGGAGAUAAAGGCUACUGCAUGGUCAGAGCCACUCAUGGUGUGUCUGCGGGGACCUGGUUUUACGAGGUGCACAUUGAUGACCUAGACUCCGUGCCAGACAGUGCUGUCAGGCUGGGCUGGUCACAAGGGUUAGGUAACUUACAGGCCCCUUGUGGUUAUGACAAACUAAGCUACUCAUGGAGGUCGAAGUAUGGAACGAGGUUUCACCAGAGUAAAGGAAAGCAUUACAGUGAUGCUUUUACAACUGGAGACACACUAGGAUUCCUGAUACACCUGCCUAGGAAAGGAUAUACUGGUCAACAGUUGCCAUCAGAUCACAAAGACAAGGCACUUAUAAAGUUCAAGAAUUUCUUCUACUUUGAGGAGAAAGAUGACCUAGUGGAAGAGUUUGAAAAGGGCCUGAAGACCUUACCUGGAAGUUAUAUCACCUUCUACAAGAAUGGAGAGCCCCAAGGAACUGCCUGGAGCGAUCUGUUUGCUGGUGUGUACUACCCCGCCCUCUCUCUAUACAAGGGAGUCACUGUAACUGCCAACUUUGGACCAGACUUCAAGUGCCCACCCAAAGAUGUCAAGUAUAAUUCGCUAUCUGAGUCUGCCGAAAUAACGGUCAUCGACCAGAUAAUAGCUGAGAUGCUGUUUCAUGUUGAGAACAUUCUAGACAGAGACUCUCCUCCUUUCAAUAACUGAACUUAGUUACGGUAUAUACAUGUAACUAACUUACACAUUAUUAUUCACUUCUCGUGUGCUUAUUAUUUACUUGAUUGUUGUACUAGCUAUUCUCAACAUUCUCAUUCUCAAAAGGUUCUGAAUAAUAUUUUACUUUCCUG